UCUCUCUCUCUCUCUCUCUCUCGAUCCUGCGUAUGUUACCGACGCUUGUGCCCGUCCCGUGCGCUCAUCACCGGAGCCGAGCGGAAGAAACUGUCUGAUACCCCACAAUCAGGAAAUACCACCAAAACUCACCGCAGUUGCCGAUUUGUGGAGCCGCUUUUUCCGUCAAACCGAUUUUCAUCUAGUCGAAAACGUUUUUUGUUGUUUGGGGAGGAGAGAUGCGGGUGGUAAACAGUCUGGCCGAAGCAGGAAUCCAGUAACGGAGCACUGAACCGGAGAAGCGCUUCACGACGCGUCCAUCAUCACGACCCGCUGUUCCCGUGGAGCGACUGAAGAUGCUGGAGUGGGUGAGUGAGGUCUUCUGGCAGGAGCGUCUGUGGUUCCCCGAGGGACUGGGAUGGGCUGAUCUGGAGGACCGUGAUGGCCAGGUCUAUGCGAAGGCACGGGAUCUGUGGGUGGCCCUGCCAAUCGCCGUCCUGUUUCUAGUGAUUCGACAGGUCUUUGAGAGAUAUGUAGCUACACCGCUAGCCUCUCUGCUGGGCUUGAAGGAAACAGUCCGACGGCGAGUGACACACAACCUCACGCUGGAGUCCUACUAUUGCAACACAACUAAAAACCCCACACAGGGUUCAGUGGAGAAGCUGAGCGAGCAGACGGGAUGGACAGAGCGACAGGUCCAGCGCUGGUUCAGGAGGCGCAGGAACCAAGACAGACCCAACCUUCUCAAGAAGUUCUGUGAGGCCAGCUGGAGAUUCGCCUUUUAUCUCCUGGCCUUCAUCGGUGGUCUUGUUGCACUAAUAGAUAAACCCUGGUUGUAUGAUCUAAAGGAGAUGUGGAAAGGCUUCCCUACUCUGACGCUCCUGCCGUCUCAGUACUGGUACUACAUGCUGGAGCUGGGUUUCUACACCUCUCUGCUCUUCAGCCUGGCGUCUGAUGUCAAGCGUAAAGACUUCAGAGAGCAGGUCAUCCAUCACGUGGCCACCAUCCUGUUGAUCAGCUUCUCCUGGUGUGUCAACUACAUCCGAGCGGGAACGCUCAUCAUGUUCAUGCAUGACUCGGCCGACUAUCUGCUGGAGUCAGCUAAGAUGUUUAACUACGCCAGAUGGAAGAACGCAUGCAACUACAUCUUCAUCCUGUUCGCUGCGAUCUUCAUCGUCACACGCCUCAUCAUCUUCCCUUUCCGGAUCAUGUAUUGCACAUGGGUGUAUCCCGUGACCCUGUACCCCCCGUUCUUCGGAUAUUACUUCUUUAACGGGCUGCUGAUGGUUCUGCUGUGUCUGCACGUCUUCUGGGCCGCGCUCAUCAUACGCUUGGCCUUCCGCUUCUUGAGCAAUAACAUAAACAGUCACACAGGUUUGGGACGGCAUGAGGUCGUCGGUAGAAGACGAGAGGUCCGACCGAGAGGAGACGGACGAGUCCGAGGAGGAAGAACAGAUGAAAAAUGGAGAGAUAAAGAAAAACGGACCAGCUCAGAAUGGCCACGCUACACAUAACAACAACCACUCCAAAAAAACAGAGUGAUGUCUAGAGAGGACAGAAACCGUCAGAAACCUAGAGAUUCUUCCUCUGCUGAAGCGGAGCACAGGAACAGAGGGUCGAUUGCUGUCUACACUACACACACACACACACACACACACACUCCUCGAUCUGGAGACAAACACAGAGCAGUGCUGCCUCUAUUGACUGAAGCUUACAGGAGCAGAUCACCUACAGAUCUGCCUCUCCACACCUCUGGGACUUUCUCACAGUUAUCUCCAGCAGAAUGUCCAAACUGCUCUUCCCCAUACACUGAAAGUCAACGUUGAACAGAGUGCUCAUCUCAUACGGACUUUUCUAUGCUGCGUUUUUGUGCUUUCUAGAGCUUGAAAUCCUCUGAUUUUGUUGUAUGGAAGACCGCUAUGGAAGCCAAUGGAACAAAUCAAUAAACAAAAGAGAAUUAUGACUUUUUAUCUCAGAAUUCCGAUUUUGUUUCUCGCAAUUCUGAGAAUUCCAAAAUAUAAAACUCAGAAUUCCACACAAUUCCGAGUUUGUGUCUCUCAGUUCUAAAUGUUCUAAUCCCAGAAAUGCAAGAGUUGUGAGAUAAAAAGUCACAGUUGCCUGCUUUUUCGGGGGGUUUUAUAUUCCCCCGCAGAAACGUGUUCACCGAGAGCAGCUCUGACAUUAUGCUAAACUCUAUUGGAAUAAAGUCAUACGAGUAAAUGAUGGCAGAAUUAUUUUAGUGACCUGUGCCUUUUAACAGUGCCUUCCUUUGCUCUUUUCAUGCCUUGUUUUUAGUUUGUAAUUUAAAAAACUCAUCAGUUUGGUCUUAAAGUGCCGUCACAAAGUGAAAUUUCUAUCGUCAGUAGCAAUGUGUGAAGAGCAUCUCACACAGAGGUCACAAACGCAUUCAGUGCAUGUUUUCACUCGUGGAAUAACCAAUCAUGGCGGCUGACAGUAAAUAAUGCAUUUCUGCGAUGCCAUUGGUUUGUUUUGUAAUGUGCUGCGUCCACAGCUCUAAAGUGUCAGUAUAAACCCAAGACCAUCAGCCAGAAAACCAAAGAAGUCACCAAAGAGUGCAUCUUCAGAUACGGCUGAAUGUUACUAAGUUCCUAACAAACAGAUUCAGUCCCACAGCUGGUCUGAAUCAUCUCAUUCACAUCACACUUCUGUCCUGCUCUGACUCCAUCAUUCCUGCCAGCUUCCCGUCCACUCAAUUACAGUGUUAUCUUUAUUUUGUAUUUUCCUGUGUUUUGUAAUAUGAUAAAAAUUAUUAUGGAGGAAGUUAAGAAUAAAAUACUGAAUGUGAGUCACA